AUGGAGUGGCUGGAUCGACAAACUGUUGAUGAUGCGCUGAGCGGUCGGUCAAAGAGGUCGAUUGAAGCGCAUGAGAGAGCAAUGGCAGCUGCCAAGUUGUUGGGGUGCGUGGAUUGCCUCGACGCCUUUUCGACACAGAGUCCUCGGUCGCGCAAGUAUGCCUUAGCAAAUGAUAUGUGGCUGGAUCGCCCCGAUCCGUUGCUUUGGCAGGCAAAUCUUACACAUGAGUUGCGUUUGGGUCUGGCGAAGAUGGUGGCAACCAAGGUGGCGCUUCGCGCUGGGGAGCCUCGGAGCAGCAGCCCUACGUUUUAUCAGUCUGGAUAUAUUGGGUCUUCGGUUGUCUUUCACAACGGCGAUGCGCGGCACGCGGUCGAGAAACUGCCGCCGCAGCAGCUGAACGAUGCACUGGCUGCGUCUUUCUGCGUCAACUUGCCGGGCGAAGCUUCUGUGGAGUCCUGUCGCGCUGUGGUCAGUCAAGCGGCGUCCUUGCAGUUGCAUCGCGAACAAUUCCUUGCUCAGGCGGAUAAGCUGAGGCGAACUAAUCCUGUGUACGAGAUGGGCGUGAGGCAGAUCGACGAAGAGGGGGUGAAGUCGCCCGCGCCGCCUCCUGUUCUGGACUGCGCGCUGCCGGCGGUGGUGGGAGAGGAGGGUCCAGGCAGGAUCGCGAGCACGGGUCCGGAAACUGCCACAGAGGGGCAGCAAGCCGCAAAGGUUGAUGUAAACGAUGCCCGCGGCGUUGAUCAGGCUUGUAUCUUUGCUAUGCAGCCGCAUGCGCAGAACGCCAAGCAACACGAAGUGUCUGCUUGCGCGGCUCAAAUGAUGGAGAAGUUGCGGGAGUUCAAGCAGGCAGGUGAACGGUCUGUGGCAAAGGAGAUGGAGGCUAUGAUAGACGGCAAGUGUACACUGUUAGAUGAGCGUGGUAGAGACGUCGGAUCUUGCAGAUAUGUCAGGAGAUUCAUGGGUCUUGCAGGAAGCUUUCGGCUGACGAUCGACGUCGCGCGCUGGAGCGAGAGGCGAGAGUUGGCGGAUUCUGUGAUAGGCAGGUUGGCGUUCGAAGACCAGGAGGCUGACGUGAACUCUCAGCUCGACGCGGGAUGCGAAGAGCUGAAGCUGAACCGGAAGGAGCCGGAGUCUGCUUUGGAUUGCAAAGAGCUGAGGUCGGUCCGGGGCGGCGGUCGCACCAUUCGGCAUCUGUAUGUGGCGCGCGGAAAGAAGGCUUUGAGUCUGUGGGGUUGGAGAAUCUGGACCAUGGCAAAACCUCGUCUUUGGCGCUACAGAGAUGCUGGCAAUCUUUAUGAGCGAGAGACUGCGUCGACGACCGCAGAGUGGGCUGCUGCACUUCUGCAGUCCACGGCACUUCAUAUGAUGGCCACCGUCUCUCGCUUGAUGGAUCAGCGAGCAGCUGGUUAUCAUGUCUCGAGGAACGGGGGCAUGGGAUACGCCAAGAAGUUGGAAAAGUUGACCGCGGAAGAUAUGGCUGCUGCUGCCAGGAUCCUGCCCGAGAAUGCCGGCUUGGAAUCUUUAACUUUAAAUGAUAGCACGGUUCCUGGGGCGGCGUGA